UGAACUAGAUGAUAAUGACCCGGUACGGGAAGUCCGCUUGAUAUUCAGCAAAUAUAAGGAUGAAACACUAGGACCCAUUCAAUUUACGGAACCUGGCUCAAACACCUGUGAUAACCCUGCGCAAUUUCAUUGGGACGUUGCUCAUUUUAAGAGGGAGGCGUUCUUUCCAAUUCUUCACGCUAGACCAGCCUUAGUUAAAGAUAACGACGAGGUAUUGCCAAUAUUUGAAAGCAAAACCAAGGUUCUUUCCAGCACAUAUGGCGAAUUCUAUCCUGCCGAGCUGGUCGAAGCGCAAAAUGAUAAACUAAAAACAAUUGUCGUUGAGGCGAAUGGAUAUGCGGUUGGCUACAUGAGUGCAACUACCGAAUUCGACAUUGAUUUUGUGAACAAGCAGUAUGAUUUGUCUCCUUUUAACCGUCUUCGGAAAAACAAAGAGCUGACCAGUGAGGCUCCUGUCGAAGGCAGUGACCGAAAGAAGAGCGAACCAAAGCCUGAUGAAACAUUGAACACGGAUAUCAAAGCAUUACCAACAGACGAUGUACAAACGGAAUCAAUAACGGAUAACAAACAGACAGAAAAUGUAGUGCUUGAUGAACCAGAGGCAGCUCCACCCGAGAGAAACAAGACGUCUCCACGCUCACGAACGCACAAGAAAAAGGCUCUUCUUCAUUCCCUGAGUGAUGCUUCCGAGGACCUACGUUCAAGCAUGAUGACUAGCAGUCAAAGCUUGGAACACCAUAUCCGUAUCAUGCACACUACCGACGGAAACUGGGUUCGGCGAUAUAUUUCGCGGGCUCUGCUAGACGAGAACAGUGGUGAAGAAGAGGGUUCAGAUGCAGUUAAUGCGGUGCCAAACGCGUUCAUAAUUCAAUUGUUUGGCAUCAAGGAUGAAGUAGAUACGAGGUCAAUCGAUUUUAUGCCCCUCAUCUUUGACUCGUUACCUAACCUGGACUAUGCAGUCAUCAGCGUGCCGCGAUUGGUUCCUGAAUUCCAGCUUCUUCAACAUUUCACACGCGCUCGCCCAAAACGGCAGUCGACUGUGACACAAGAGCUCUACGUUUUUCAUCGUGCCUGCCUUGUGAGGUGA